AAAGAUGCACUCCCACUGGAGCGAGGAAAUCUGAGCAAGUAACGGCAAAAAGAUCAAACAAGGGGAGGCAAACUCAGAGUACGUCUAAUCUUAAUAUGCAAGCGUUACUCUCCUCCUGGCUCCAACCCCCACCCCCACCCACGCAGAGCCAGCAGUAGAGGCAGGGAGCCAGCAGAGUCUGCCGAGCAGCAGCCAUGACAGACGUGGACUCUCUAAAUGAGGCGUUGAAGGCCAUCAGUGUUAGCACAGAGCUGAUUGAAGAAGAGCUAAAGCCUCAUCUGGACACGGUGCUGACGGCUCUGCUGGAGAAGAAGAAGGAUGCAGCUGUGGAGAUCGUCAGAAGUGGGAUCCUGCCCACACUGGCCCAGGCCUUACAGGGCAGAGGCAGUCUGAGCUGCCAGGUGGCUCUGCUGGUGGCAGAAAUGGCACGAGAAGCUGCUGUGAGAGAUCAGUGCAUCCAGGCUGGACUGGUGAAGGCUCUGGUUCCUCAUCUGAGCAGCAGCGACCAGGAAAUGCUGCUGAACACUGGCAGGGCCAUCGGCCGCAUCUGCUUCGACAACACACAUCAACAGGACCAGUUAGUCCAGAGUGGCGUAAUCCCCAGAUUAGUGUCCAUAAUGAAGGAAUACCCUGAUAACGACCCCCUCGUCAACGUCUGCCUGCUGGCUCUCUGUAACCUGGCUGAUUUAGACAGUGCACGGCAGGCUCUGGUGGAUCAGGAUGUGGCAGAUACACUGAUGUUUCAGCUAAAACGGGCUCCUGAUGCCGAGCGGCGGCAUGUCAUCUUGGAAAUACUGGGCUCACUGGGUGAAAGUGAUGCACUAAAGCUGCAGUUUACAGAGUCGGGCGUACCAGAGGCUUUAUCGCUGAUGAUUCGAGAUCUGCAAGGACAGUCUGACCCCCAUGACCUCUGUAGCAUAAAGAUCGCCUCCAACCUGAUAGUGUCGUUGCUUUUAGGAGAUGAAUCUAUGCAGAAAUGUUUUGGAGAAGGAUCAGGCGUGGUCUACCAGGACAUUCUGGCCUGGCUGCAGAGCUCUAACACGCAGCUCCAACUCUCAGGAGCCCUUGCUAUUGCCAACUUUGCCAGAAAUGACAGUAACUGCGUGAAGAUGCUGGACCUCGGUGUGGUUCCACACAUCCUGACUUUGCUGGAGAAGCACGUAGAUGAGGGGGACGUCUCUGUUCAACAUGCCGGGCUCAGCGCACUGAGGAACCUGGCCAUUCCCGCAACCAACAAAGUGAGGAUGCUGGAGGAUGGAGUGACUGAGAGGAUAAAGGCUCUGCUGCGUACGGACAUGCCCCCGGUUCAAUUCAAACUGCUGGGAACGCUACGCAUGAUGGUGGAUGGGCAAGAAGGGGCAGCCUUAAAGCUGGGCAGAGAUGCGGUGCUGCUGGCACGGAUCAUGGAGUGGUGUGAAGCCAAGGACCACGCAGGUGUCCGAGGAGAAGCCAGUCGCCUGUUGGCCGCCCUGAUCAGACACAGCCGCAGCCCUGAAGUUGUCCGUGCUGUGGCUGGGGCAGAUGGGGUCAGACACCUUAUCGCUAUGGCAACAAGCGAGCAUGUCAUCAUGCAGAACGAAGCCCUGGUUGCUCUUGCCAUAGCAUCUGCUAUUGACAUUGGGUCUAUGAGGGAUCUAUUUAGUGAAGCCAACCUCUUACCAACGCUGAAGGGGAUGUUGGACGACCCUGUGGGGGCGCUAGAGGUCAAGUUCAGCGCUUUGGGUCUUAUCUGCACCUUGGCGAACUCUGGUUUGAUGAGAGAUGAGCUCAACUCUGUGAAUAUAAAGGAAAGUUUGAAACUACUGAUGGAGCACAGCAGCAGCAAACUAGCUUCCCAGGCCAGCUCCAUUCUGAGCGUUCUCAGCGACCCCAGUUAAACCAGCAGGAAGGACGGAGUUUCAUCUGCUCUAUGAUUGUGUGUAGAUCUGAUGUUAACUCAUCCAGACAGCACAGAUAUUACUAAAUCUAAAGUGUCACUUAUUUUGUGAUAAUUCAUAUAUUUUAGUGCUGGCAUAAUGCAUAUGUGACAGGCAAGACAAACUUAUAUGCACAUUUAUGCUUCCUAUUUUUCUAGGAAUUGUCCCUAUGUUCUUGAGAUAUAUUCAGAUCCACAUGUUGGGUGAUUUCAGACAGGUGGGUCCUUGUGUAAAUGAGAGGAAGUGAUAGCUUAAAAGCAUAGCUGGUAAUAUGAGAACUUCAUUAGCCAAUCAUUUCUGUUUGUCUUUUGGUUUUUCUGUUUGUCAGUAAAAUUCAGAAAUCCAGUUCAUGUGUGGUAGUGAAGUAUACUGAAUGGUGUUUCGCUAUGUCAAUACUGAAUAAACAUGCAAACAGUAAAACAAAA